AUGGCCAAAGUUACACCGGAUUUCGCAAGGCAUUUGGGCCUGCCCGCGAUCAAAAUCAUGCAAAGACCUACCCAGCCCGCGAUUUCACAAAGCCGCAGGUUACAGUGCCCGCCACACGACGUAAACAUUCCAUCGCUCGUCAAUCUGGGCACUGAAGUACUCGGCAUUGUAAUGGAGAUCAUCAGGCGAGAAAGCCCUAGAACUCUCUCUUCCGUGGCGCUCGUGAACUCUCACUUCUAUCACAUCGCGAGAUACAGCCAGUUCCACGAGCUCACGUUGAAUUUGGCGAAGCCGACCGACAACAGCCAAAUACCGUACCUGAACGCAUGGGUUCAAUAUAUGGAUAAGGCCAAUCUCUUGCAAGCUGUCCGAACUCUGACCAUCCUUGGCCGAACAGCAGACCCGGACGACUGGCCACAGCUCGGUGCCCUCAUCGAUACCCUCAUAUCCAGCUUGACUGGCCUAUCCGAGAUCCAUUGGCACCACACCGCUCCCAUUCCAGACACCAUUGUUCAGAAUUUGCGAGAACGACCUUCCGUGCACCUAAACGUUCUGUUGCAUUCAUCACAGUCUUCACGAGCCCACCAGGAACCGUUGGGCUGUGCUUUAUUGAGAGCCUUGGAGGGCUGCCCUAAUCUGCAAUCUCUUGAGGUCAUUCACAUGUUUUCCACUGCCGAAACUUGUCUGUGGGUGACUCGGCCAUUAAAGCGGAUCCUCAUGUCCUGUCCCAACAUACGCCGGCUCAAGCUCGAUAUUGGCAUGCCGACAGGCGGCUGUGUUGUAAGAUCUCCUCCGAACGAGUAUUGUGGACUUGGCUUCCGCAACGGAGAACGCCCUCUGGCCGCUCUGGAGGAGUUGGAUCUGGUUCGAUACCCCUUUGGUGCCCCUAAACCAGCCUACUGCAAAGGAUAUCCACUUCAAGUCCCCGAACAUGAUUACUGGGUCGAGGCCUUUGACUGGUCACGCCUCAAAGUCUUGCGCUUUUUCGGGAAUGCUGCUCUCGCGUUAGACCUGCUACCUCGCCUUACGUCUCUCCGAGAAGUGGCCUUGACGGGCGACCUGGAGAGCCUGCGCACAUUCUAUCGACAAGUGCCGGCUGGUCUGGAGACCAUGGCCAUCCGAAAGCUGGAAGAUGUUGAGCUUGAUUCCAUCUUGAAGCACGGCCCCAGUCUGCGUACCCUCAAGAUUCACCAAGACGAGAUGUGGAGCAUGGACAAGCCGACCAUGUGGGCAGAUUGUGCUAUGAAUAUCCAGGCUCUGCGGGCGAUACGUGAAGCAUGUCCGCUCCUCGAAGACUUGAGCCUCGAUCUCCCUCGAGAAGAAACCUGGCCUUACGAACUACUCGAGAUCCUGGCCAGCUUCCCACGGCUACGCCGCCUGGAGAUAUGGUUCGAGCUUGGCAUCCUUGACCAGGGGAACCCGAUCCGCCCCUACACGACGUUCCACGCCUCACAAGACAUAUAUCGAUUCCUUGCCGAGAGAUCUCCUACAAAACCUUCUCGGCUGACAGAACUUCGCAUUCACUCGGGCGCACCACCGCCUUUGGGAUUCGGCCGUCCCAGUCCACGAGGCUUGUGGCCGGGUAGAAAUCGUGCUGAGUUUGUCUGCAAAUUAUCUGAGCGCGACGAUGAGACGGCCGAGGGAAUUUUCUCGACUAUUUGUACUCAACUGAACGAUUCAGACAACCAAUUCCUUCAGAAGACGAAGCCGGGCUUGGAUGCAAAGGAACUCAAAUCGCAGUACAUGCACUUCCGCGGAAAUCACGCCACAAUCUCGGGCUGGCAUGAAUUCGAAGUCUUCCUAGCUUAUGUCGGGCCAAAGCCUCUUCCUGAACGGAAGUGAAACCGAGCUUGCGGUUAAGUAGGUGGCAGAAAGGACAUACGAAUGGAAAGAGAGGGAGAUGAGCAAGGUGAGUCAGAAUCCCAAGUGACAGGUCUUGGUGAGUAUUUACAUAGUAUGAUAACGAUUACUAGCUGCGUUGGCGGAUUAAAGUAGACCUUUUACAUAGUCUCGGAUCAAUCCAAUAUCUUCAUCAAUUG